ACUACAGCAAAGUAAAGCGUAAAAAAAGGGAAGAGGAAGGUGAUAAAGUGGCAGGAAGUGUCUAUAAUAUUUAGUGGUGAAAAAGAAUUUUUUUAACAAAUUAAAUAAGGAUACACAGCGUAAUGGUUUGAAGUGAUUGAAGGGGAAGUGAACGAGGAAAUGUUUUAGAAAGAAAAUUAUCUUUGAGCCCAUUGUGUGUGUGUUGUGUUCUGGGUGGGCUAAAUGGUGACUUGUGAUCAUGGGGGAUUUGGAGGAUUUGCGGAAAAAGCCAUCGACUCUGCCAAUAAAUAUCAAACCAACCGGUGGUAUUCCAUCUGCAUCGUCCUCAGACAGUGGCAGCAGCAGCAGCGACGAGUCCCAGGUACCUGUAGGCCAGUUGCCUAUUGUGGGACGCAAGGAGCCCGAGAGGACGUACAUUUUUCCGGGAGUUACAGGCUCAAGUGGCGGUGUCGGUGGGGGAGGUAGUAGUCUAGACAGUGGCUUAGUGAGUGGCUCGCGUGGGCAUGCAAGGUCAGUUAGUCAUGGUGGGGGAGCCAUUGCGAGUUCCUAUGGUUCGGUUAGUCGUCCAUCGGCACUCAAGUCCGCUAUGCGGGGACACCAGAGAGCACUGUCCCAGGGUCAGAUUACAGACUCUACGGGGAGUGGUCAGGGAACACGAUCGGGCCACAAUCGGGUGGGUUCCAAGACGGACUUCAUCUUACCUCCAGGUCAUAAAGAUUCCCCAGAAGCACGUGAACCAACUCAAUCGGCCACGAGUGGGGGUCGGGGACACUCGAGACAGGCAUCAAGAUCUGAGUCCAUAUACACACUCAGACGCACCGAAUUGCCACCAUGGUGGAAACGCUUCCUCUUCUGUCGCGGUGACAAGGGUGAUGAUUGUGCCUUUCGUACAGUUGUUCCAAAUCACACAGUGCCCCCGAAAACACCCAAACGAGAACAUCCCAAUGGACGACGAGUUGGCAAUAAGAUUCGCACAACAAAGUAUACCUUAUUGUCUUUUCUACCCAAAAAUCUGCUGGAACAAUUUCACCGAGUGGCAAAUUUAUACUUCAUUUUUAUCGUGCUGCUCAACUGGUUUCCAGCCAUUAAUGCGUUCGGCAAAGAAAUUGCCAUGAUCCCCGUACUCUUUGUCCUCGGGGUGACAGCCAUUAAGGAUCUCUUCGAAGAUCGACGUCGCCGAUCAUCAGACAAGCGUAUCAACAAUACCACAUGUCGAGUAUACAAUGGGGAAUCUGAGCGAUACAAAAGAGUGUUAUGGCAAGAUAUUCGAGUAGGAGAUUUAGUACAUAUAUCUAAUAAUGAGACUGUGCCUGCGGAUAUUCUGCUCUUGCGAUCAAGUGAUCCCCAUGGUGUUUGCUACAUUGACACGUGUGAUCUUGAUGGUGAAACUAAUCUCAAGAGGAGAGAGGUUGUGCGUGGAUUUGCAGAAAAGCAACACUGUUUUUCAGCCAGCAAAUUUGUCAGUCGCGUGGAAGUGGAUGCACCAUCAACAAAAAUUUAUCGAUUUCACGGUGCCAUGAUUCAUCCUACAGGUGAACAAGUUCCUGUAUCCACGGAAAAUCUCCUCUUACGGGAAAGUCGUCUUAAGAACACGGAUUACGCCGAGGGAUUGGUGGUUUAUGCUGGUCACGAGACGAAGGCCAUGCUUAAUAACAGUGGUCCUCGCUACAAACGCUCACAGUUGGAACAACAAAUGAACAUUGAUGUGAUUUGGUGUGUGAUUAUCCUUUUAAUAUUGUGUGUUAUUGGUGCUGUUGGAUGUAAAAUGUGGCUAAAAUCCUUUGAGGGGAUGAUUGUGCCAUUUUUACCCUUUGAAAUUGUCCCAAGCUAUGAGGGUCUCCUUACAUUCUGGACCUUUGUGAUAAUUCUGCAGAUAAUGAUUCCACUUUCGCUCUAUGUGACAAUUGAAUUGUGUAAGAUUCUCCAGGUGUAUCAUAUUCACAACAAUGUUGAACUCUAUGAUCCUCAUACGAAUAAGAGAACUGAGUGUCGAGCUAUGAAUAUUACUGAAGAGCUGGGUCAGGUGCAGUAUAUCUUUUCGGAUAAAACGGGCACACUUACGGAAAAUAAGAUGAUUUUCCGACGUUGUACAGUCAAUGGGAUUGAUUACAAUCAUCCGCCUAGUGAGUUGGAAAAGGAGUACCUGAAACCAGGUUCUCCUGUUCCUCCAGUCCUUGCCAAUCCGACAUUGUUUGAGGACAUGACCGCUACUUUGGGUGAUAGAGUCACGUACACUUCUAGUGCACAGCGCAUCCAAGAAUUUCUUCUAGUAUUGGCUAUUUGCAAUACCGUAGUGGUUAGUGUUACACCUCAUAGAGACCUCAUGAAUGCCAGUGGUGUGAUCGAAGACGAUCAAGGGGUAGCUGUGACGAUUGUUCGACCCAAUGAUAGUAUCACGAGUGAUCAGAGAGGUCAGGCAAGUAGCCUGGGAGAUCGAUACACGCGCCUAGCUGAAUCGCGAUCUAUUACACCAUCACCCCCGCCUAAUGUGACACUGAAGCAGCACGUGCCGUCGUUGUCGCCCAUUCACAGUUCGGCUGAGUCAUCUCCAGUGUCGGAAAGUCCAACGAAGAUUCACCGGCAAAUGCCAGUGAGUCCUACCAUGAGAGCCAAAUCCAUUCUCUCAUCCAAAAUCAAUGCCAUAUCCUCGGUGCUGAGGAACAAGCAAUCUAGUCGGAGCAACAUAGACAAUAAGUCACAAAUUUCACCGUUGAGAAAUCAAGUAUCGUCACAACAGUCUCCAUCGAAUGGGAGACCAAUCUUUGAGGCUGAAAGUCCUGAUGAAUUGGCUCUAGUCAAUGCUGCAUACACAUAUGACUGUUGCUUGAUAAAUCGUAGUCCUAAUCACGUUCUCAUGAACAUCCCAAGUGUGGGUGUUGCCGAAUAUGAGGUGCUGAAGAUAUUGCCUUUUGACUCUUCUCGGAAGUGUAUGUCAGUAAUUAUUAGGCGCAAUGGGACGCAAGAGAUUAUCCUAUACACAAAGGGCGCGGAUAGUUCUGUGAUGGCCUGUCUCACACCAUGUUCACCGGACUCAGUUGAGGGGCAUCUGCGAGAGAAGACACAACAGCAAUUGGACCUAUAUGCUAGGCAAGGUCUACGUGUGCUGGUAAUGGCCAAGAGGAUACUCAGUUUGGCAGAGUAUACAGAUUGGACUACGAGGCACAAGGAGUGCGAGAUGACAUUGGAGAAUCGUGAGAAGAAGGUGCGCGAUUCAUUUGUGAGUAUCGAAAAGAAUCUUACACUGUUGGGUGCCACGGGCAUUGAGGACCGUCUGCAGGAUGGUGUACCAGAGACACUAUCAUCACUUUUGUCGGCUGGAAUUGUGAUUUGGGUAUUGACAGGUGAUAAGCCAGAAACUGCCAUAAAUGUGGCGUACUCGGCCAAACUAUUCAAUCCACAAAUGGAGCUCUUAAGACUGACUGCCCGUUCGCGGGAUGCCGCCGAGACGUCCAUUAUGUUCUAUCUAUCGGAGAUUGAGAGAUCCUUCACUGAAGGUCCCAGUGGAAGUCGUGCCAAGGCGAGAGCUUUAGUCGUAGACGGCAAAACGCUUACUUUUAUUUUGGAUCUUAGGUCAAAUUUGACAAAGCCAUUUUUAAGAUUGACCAAAUACUGCGCGUCUGUGCUCUGUUGCCGCUCAACUCCAUUACAGAAAGCCUUUCUUGUAAAAGUUGUAAAGGAAGAACUGCAAAUGAGGACCCUUGCCAUUGGAGACGGGGCCAAUGAUGUUUCCAUGAUUCAGAUGGCUGAUGUUGGUGUGGGAAUAUCAGGGCAGGAGGGUAUGCAAGCAGUUAUGGCUUCAGAUUUUACGUUAUCGCGAUUUCGCCUGCUGGAAAACUUACUCCUAAUCCAUGGAUUUUGGUGUUAUGAUCGUUUAGCAAGAAUGAUUUUAUACUUUUUCUACAAAAAUGCGACUUUUGUCUUUCUAAUCUUUUGGUAUCAGCUCUUUUGUGGAUUUUCUGGUGCUGUGAUGAUUGAUCAGAUGUACCUGAUGCUGUACAAUCUGGUCUUCACAUCAUUGCCUCCUCUGGCUAUUGGUGUUUAUGAUAAGUGCGUCCCGGAGGAUUUACUUUUCAGUUUGCCCCAGUUAUAUCGAUAUGGGCGCUUGGGAAAGGCUUACAAGCCACAUACCUUUUGGUUGGUGAUGCUAGAAUCAUUGUAUCAGAGUCUGGUAAUUUUCUUCGUGGCUGAAGCCACUUAUUGGGACUCUGACAUUGGCAUAUGGCAAUUUGGAGCCACAAUUGCCACUUCAAGUCUCAUCACCAUGCUCCUUCACUGUGCCAUCGAGAUUAAAUCAUGGACAAUUCUACAUGUGCUGUCUAUAGCCAUUAGUUUGGGAGCAUUUUAUGUGUUUUCGAUCUUCUACAAUUCGGUCUGUGUCUCCUGCCUCGGCCUUCCCUCCAGUUAUUGGGUAAUUCAGACCAGCAUGAGUACAUCAACUUACUGGUUAAUUUCACUUCUUACGGCCAUUUUGGCAGUGCUCCCAAACUACACAAUUCGGACUUUUGUGGCAACUCUGUGGCCAGAUGGCGGUACAAAGGCAAUCCUUCAGAAGCGUCGUAAUGAGCGAAGAGGUGAAGAUUUACUUGUAGCUUGGUCCAGGUCGACAUCUGCCUCGUCUAUUUACAGAACCUCUGAUUAUGGGAAUAAGCAUCAGAUUGUGAAAACAAUAAGCUGAGAAUGGUGGAUGCGAAUUAUUUCGUGUACUCCGGGAUGGCGACAGAUUGGGAGGAGAGUGAAUCCAGUAUCGCGUCAGAAUGUCCAUCAAAUGAAGCCUACAGUAAAGUUCAUAGAAAUUAAUGGGACGACUAUUGAUGCAAAUGAACGUGAUGUUCAAUGAUUCAGAAUGAAUGAGAUUUGAGGCCUUAAUGAGAAUUUUAGAUGAAGAAAAUAAUAGGAACGUAUCAAUUGCUGCAAGCGGAAAAAGUUGAAGUAUUUUUAGUUAUUUUUUUUUUCAAAGGACAUUUCUUGAAUACUUGCUAUGGCUGUGAUUAAAAUGUUAAAGUUACACAUCCCUCAUGUUGCAUGUAAAUAUCUCCUUGUAAUGUCGUGCAGAGAUGCAAGUACAUAUAUAUAUAUAUAUAUUUGUACCCUGAUUGGGACCAUAGUAACAAUAUAUUUUGAGAGGAAUAAAUUUGACAAAAGAUAUUCUAAAAUAUGCAAAAAAAUGCGAAAGCACGUUGAAGGAAAUUUAUAACACAUAAAUUUUAAAUUCUCUUGAGAGUUUAUUGACCUGUUUUUGAGUUUCACAUGAGAAAAUUUUAACAGUGUGUACAUAUUAAAGAUGAAAAUAAAUUGUAUAGAAAUAUGUAGAUAAUGAUGCGAUGAAAUAUAUUUAUUGUUAGAUAA